CUAAGACAAAACCACCAAAGCCUCAAACUCAAACUCAAACUCAACCUCAAGUGUGCUCUUUCUUCCCCUCCCCUUUCCGUCAACCUUUUUUCUUAUUGAAUUGAAGUACCCGAAGACAAACAGGUCAAUGUUGCAUGCAAUUUCUGUUCCAAACACUUGCAUUUCGUAUCCAAGAAGCAGAUGUUUUGGUCAAAGGAAUCGAGGAUCAACAAGGCUCUGUUUGCGUGCUUCAUUGCCAGACAAUAAUGGUGGAUCUAAAGUGGAGUAUACUCCUUGGUUGAUUGUUGGAUUGGGUAACCCUGGAAAUAAGUACCAUGGAACUAGGCAUAAUGUUGGUUUUGAAAUGAUUGAUCAAAUUUCUCGAUUGGAAGGGAUUGUGUUGAAUACUAUUCAGUCAAAAGCUCUAAUUGGAAUAGGUGCCAUUGGGGAAGUACCAAUUUUGUUGGCAAAGCCUCAGGCAUACAUGAAUUUCAGUGGGGAAUCGGUUGGGCCUCUUGCUGCUUAUUAUCAAGUACCCCUGCGUCACAUAUUACUGAUAUAUGAUGAGAUGAGCUUGCCAAAUGGUGUUCUGAGGCUUCAGCCAAAAGGAGGACAUGGCCAUCAUAAUGGAGUUAAGAGUGUGAUGGGCCAUUUGGACGGCUGUCGUGAAUUUCCUCGGUUGUGCAUAGGCAUUGGAAAUCCACCUGGUGCUAUGGACAUGAAAGCUUAUCUUCUGCAGAAGUUCAGUUCAGUAGAGCGAAAUCAGAUUGAUGAAGCAUUGGAACAAGGAGUUGAAGCUGUGAGGACCCUAGUGCUCAGUGGAUUCAGCCAAAAAAUCACAAGAUUCAAUUUAGGACAGAAGUACAAGCAUCACAAAGUCUGAUCAUACAGAAACAAGAUUCAACUCGUUUGAGAAUGUUAAGAACCCAUGGAUGAAGGACAUGGAGUUUCCCCUCAACUUUCCUCACGCUAACAGCCAUAUUGGUGGAGUAAGUGUAACCAUUUAAAUGAACCCCUUUUUUCUUUACCCUUUAUUUGAUAAAUAUUAACUACCCUUUUAGCAGAACCUGGUUAUAUAUUUUCUUUUCCAAGUAACUUUUCAGAAGUAUGUAAGGCCAAUUUAUUUAAAAUUUUAGCAAAAAUCAAAUAUGAAUUUAGCAAAAUCAAAAAAUAUGUUAUGUUUGACGUGUUGAUACGAAUUAUAACAUAAUAAUUUUCGUGUUUGAUUAAACAUGAAAAAAAAUACACAAAUACAUGAAUCGACAAUCUUAAUGAAUUAGUCAGCCCCUGGUUCAGAGCUGAACAAAUUUCAGAAAUGGAAUAGUAUUCCUACAUCUGAAAAACAUUGUUGCCAUUGCCACUGGCUUUCUC